ACAUAUAAGUAAUAUUAUUUUAAUCUGCUUUUUUUUUCUUUUGACAACACUUUUGUACUAUUAUAGCCUUUUUGAAAUUGAUGGGGUGGGAAAGCAAAGUAGCAUAUCAAAUGCUCUCUUGCUUUUGCUUAUUGAGGAUUACAUCUUCAUGGUCAUUGAUGGCUUCUCCUUUUGCUCUAAUCCUACUUUUUUCAUCUUACAAACUUGUUGGAUUUGAUUUUCUCUCACUCUUCUUCUCAUCUCUAGUAGUUUUUUUGUCUACUAUUCUCUACAUAUGGAAACACAAAUCAGUUGAAGAAAAUGUUUUAACUUCUAUGGAGAAGAGUUCACAUGAAUGUGAAACUUUUCCUAAAGAAACUCCAAUGCUCAUGAAUGAAACUAUGAUUGAAGAUAUGGAAAAGAAAGAAGAACAAGGUAGUGAUAAUAUUGGUGUUGCUAAUUAUGACUCAUACUUUUCUGACUUAGAUGGAUCAAUUUCUGAUGAAGAAAGUCUCAUAGAAAUUUCACUUCCAAGUGGACACUUGAUGGAUCAACAUAAACAAGAGUUCAACCAGCAAAGUUUGAUGGAAUUCUUAGCAGAAUUUAAUGAAAUGUAUGAGGAAGAAAAUUUAAUAGAGAUUGACAUAUCCAUUGGUUCAAUCAAGUACUCAAGGUUUGAAAUUGAAACAUAAUCAUACAAGUAUGAUUAAUUAGUAUUACUUUUUUUCAAAAGUUUAAUGUUUGUUAUAUCAAGUUUUUUCAUCCACCUUAUAUAUUUGGUUGGAUUUGGCAUGUAACAAUGGUUUUGUUUUUAAUGUUGUGAAGUAUAUGAAGUUAAUAAUGUUACUUACAAACUUUAUCUUUUGUUGAUAUAAUGUUACUCAC